CCGACCAAUACUACAGCUACAGGGCCGGGCCUUCUGAUUUUAGACAACAUCGCCCUUACACCCAAAUGUCAUGAAAUUUUCAGGAAAUGUGUUUUAUGGCCUCAUAAUUAUUGCAGACCAUCCCAUCUUCUCCACGGCAACAACUUAACUCAGUAAUGAUGUAUGGGAAUCGUUACUCCAUGAUGUGGACUAACACAAAGAAUUGGAAACAUGAUAAAGAAAUGGUUCAAAAAGUACGAGAAUUCCAAGAGCAAAACAUCUUGUGUGACUUGACAUUAUGCUCUGAUGGAUUUCAAGUUGAUGUCCAUAAAAUCGUUCUUGCAGCUGUGAGCGAUUAUUUCAAAGUAAUGCUCACAUCCAACAUGUUGGAAUCACGACAAAGAGUGAUAGAAUUAAAGGCCUUGACUUCCGUUGGUCUCAGUGCUGUUGUGGAAUUUGCCUAUAACGGAGCAGUGAAUCUCUCAAUGGGGAACCUGGCUGAUGUCCUUGGUGCUGCCUCCCAUUGUUUAAUGAUGGAACUAGUUUCAAAAUGUACGUCAUUCAUGUCGACCAUACCACUAACUUGUGACAACUGUGUGACUCUCCUGAAUCUUGCCAAUAUGUACUCCGUGAACUUAGUCAGUCAAACGGCACGUAGCUUCUUCUAUAGGAAUUACAAAGAAAUUUAUGAAAAGAAAUUAUUCACAAACUUAUCCGUUGACAACUUGUACAUUAUUCUGACAGGUUCUCUGACGAUGAUUCAGGCUCCGCGGGAGAUGGACUUAUUCAAACUCUUGAUUGACUGGGUCCACUGCAGCAGUGAAAGGGAAGAAUACCUGUCAAAGCUAAUGCAGAACAUUAAGUUCCCUCUGAUGUCUAUGGAGGAAUUAGAAAGUCCUCAGGUCGUAACCGAGAUACAGAAAUGCUCACGCGAAAUCAAACGCUACAUGAUCGAAGCCAAAAAAUAUCACAAAAAUGUUGAGCGCCAGCCACAGUUCCAGAUGAAAAGUAAACCUGAUUAUGAACUCCGCUCUAGUGUGCCGACUCUGGUCACGUGUAAUGGGACUGAUCUUCGUUACAUUGAUAUUACCUCCGGUGAGACUGGCUGUCUGCGUGACUUGCCCUGUAAUGUUUAUGAUGCAAGCAUAUGUUGUGUGAAUAACUUUCUCUAUGUCUGUGGUGGGGCGACGAAUGUCGAUCUUUCACUUGAUGUGGACCCUAGCGGAGUAUCAUCGAGAUGUUUCUGGUAUAACCCACGUGUGGAUGUCUGGUGCCAGAUGAAGCCCAUGAAACAAGCACGCAAACAUUUUGCACUCGUCGCAUUGAAUGAUGGAUUCUAUGCGAUUGGUGGUUGCAAGGAUGAUGGUGAGGCUAUGGUGUCUGUGGAGAACUUCUCAGUCUUGAAGAACCGUUGGUGUCCAAGUACACAUCUGCCGUUUGCCUUACAGAGACAUGCGGGUCAGCAAUUACAAGGAAAUCUUUACGUUUCAGGUGGAAUGCGUAAUGGGACGUGCAAUAGCUCCUCCAACCUCAUGUGCCUGGAUGUCUCACAACGCAACUCAUCUUGGACACAGAAAGCUCGCAUGAUGUACGACAGACGUGACCACACCAUGGUGCAGAUGUCCGCCAAACUCUAUGUCGUCGGUGGAAUCAAAACAUACGAAUUUAACAAAGACGGACCAAACCGCUGUAUUGAAGAUUAUCAACAAAUUGAGAGCUAUGACCCGGAAGUUGACCAGUGGACGAUGUGCAAGAAGUUAAUGCCACCGAGUCUAACCUCUGUUGCCGCUGUUGUGUGUCAAGGUCACUUGUUUACCAUGGGCAAUGUGAAAACAGUCAUCCCCGAGGUCUGGUGGACUUACAUUAGAAAGAUCGAACCAUUGAACUCGAUUGGUGCUGCAGCGAUACACGAGUGUUUCAUUUACCGCGGUCACGACCUUGGCAAGAAGUUGAGGGACGUUUCCCGCCAUAACUGUGGGUUGUUGGAGCUGCCACAAGACAUGCAUGGUCGGCGAGUAACAGCUGCUGAACCAUUUGUAGUAAAACGUAAACGGGACGUUUGUAGUGCAAGCAAUAGUGAUUAUCAUUUCUUCACAGCACCAGGCUACCCAGGGGCAAUGGGGCGGAAAAAAAUGCUAGACUAGGAGGAGCAUAAAGUUGAUGACUCUGUGAUGAACCAGUGUUCAGAAAUGUUCUUGUUCUUCUUGCACCUGGUUUAUAUGAUCAGAUGAUCUAUGCGAAUAUGAAGAUGACAUUGUCAGUUCACUAACUGCCUCACUAUAAAGAUCAGUCGUUACCUUUUGCAUUGAUCAAUGAAGUGCUGUCAGUGAUGCGGCUCAUUCCUAGACGCGGCACACCUUUUCCAAACAAGUUAUUGGGAAUUUUCUGGUUGUUUCUUGUGCAACAAGAAUAAAGCUGUUUAACUUUUUU